GAGAGGAAAAUGGGUGGACGGAAAGUCCCCGUGUGGAAAUCCCCCUUGACUUAGACUUUUUCCUUUUUUUUUUUAAAGCCUAUCGUCGCCAGACCUGUGUAGUCCUUUGAAAGGCUUCGCGGAGCAGCGAGGGCUCCAAAAUAGAGCCGAUAGAGGAGGAAAGAGGAGGUUGAAUGGCGCCGAGGACCGCUGCGGUGAGGCUGAGUGAAGUGGCUGAGAGAGGACUAGCCUGAGCAUCCGGGAGGCUUUGUUAUUACCCCGACAUAUUACACAGUUACCACGUUGUUGGAUCAUCGGUGGUCUGGGCCUCCUCCUCCUCCUCCUCCUCCUCUUCCUCUCCUCCUUGCUCCUCGUCCUCCCCCGCCGACCAUCCGCCUGCCCACCCGUCCGCCAUGUCGCAGGGCCAGAACUUCCUCCCCAAAUUCCUGUUCGUCUCCAAUCUGCUGAAGGCGGUGAAGAUCCGCCAGCGAGUGCCCAACGACGUGGUGAAGCCCGCCGCCAGCGGCGGCCUCAUGCACCACCUGAGGGGUAUGCACCGCUACACGCUGGAGAUGAUCGCCAUGAACCACUUCCCCCAGGCCUUCAGGGAGGUGGUGCAGGCCGCCAUCCUGGACCGGGCCAUGCAGGCCUCGCUGGAGCAGGAGAAGAAGCUCAACUGGUGUCGGGAGCUGAAGAAAAUGGUGCCGCUACGCACCAACGGAGACGGGAACUGCUUGCUGCAUGCGGCCUCGCAGUACAUGCUCGGCGUUCAGGACACAGACCUGGUUCUCCGGAAAGCUCUGCAUAGCGUUUUGAAGGAGACGGACACCGGCGUGUUUAAAGCCCGCUUCCAGGCAGAGCUGGUCCAGUCGCAGGAGUUCACCCAGACUGGGCUCCGAUACACCACCAUGAACUGGGAGGAGGAGUGGGAAAAGAUCGUGAAGAUGGCGUCUCCCGUCUCCAGUAGCAACGGCCUCCAGUUCGACUCCCUGGAGGACAUUCACAUCUUCAUCCUGUCCAACAUCCUUCGCAGGCCCAUCAUCGUCAUCGCAGAUCAGGUGGUCAGGAGUAUGAAAUCAGGCUCCUCCAUCUCUCCUCUGAAUGUGGGUGGGAUUUAUUUGCCUCUGCACUGGCCGCCCACGGAGUGCUACAAAUACCCAAUCGUGCUUGGCUACGACUCCCAGCACUUUGCACCUCUCAUCACCAUCAAAGACAGCGGUCCAGAAAUCCGAGCGGUCCCGCUGAUCAACCCGAGGCGGGUGGGCUUUGAGGAGCUGAAGGUUCACUUCCUGAUGGAAAAGGAGCAGCCGCAGAAAGAGAGGCUUCUCAAAGACUACCUGCACCUGAUUGAGAUCCCCGUCAUCGGCCUGGGCCACGACACCACGCGGAUCAUGAAAGCUGCACGCCUGGACGAGGGUAACCUUCCCGAGGACAUGAACCUGAUGGAGGACUACCUGCAGCUCGUCAACCAUGAGUACCAGCGCUGGCAGGAGGACAAAGAGCAGGCGUGGGCCGCCCAGCCGCAGCGCCCGCCGCCCUUCUCCGUCUCCCAGCUCUCCCUCAUCGAGAUCCGCUGUGCCACGCCGCGAUGCACCUUCUACGUCUCUGUGGACACGCAGCCUCAUUGCCACGAAUGCUUCGAGAAGCGGCAGGCCACGACCGGCGGCGGAGCGAGAAUAGAAGGCGUGGUUCAGACCAAGGGAGGGGGCGUCCAAGGUGGCGUGGGGGUGAUAGGGGGGUCAGAGACCGAGGUGAGCGCCAGAGGAGCGCGGAGCAGCAGCCCCCCAUGCUCUUCCUCUGGCAGAGGCGUGGUGUUAUCCAGCCCCCGCUCGGCGCCGCCCACCGCCCCCAGCCUCAGUCUAUACAGCGAAACCCACGCCAUGAAGUGCAAGACCCCCGGCUGCCUGUUCACCCUCAGCGUGGAGCACGACGGACUUUGUGAACGCUGUUUCAACUCCAGGCAGAACCACGGGCCUCCCGGAGCCGGACCGGCCGCCACGGGACUCCCGGGCCCCAACGGGGGGCCCGUCGUUCCCCACCCGACCCAGGGCCCCGGCUGGACCCAGUGGGGGGGCCGAGACUCAGAGACAGAGCGAUGCAGCGUGUGCAGACAGGAAGCGUUCAGGAUAUUCAACGGCCUGUGUCCGCCCUGUAUGCAGAGACAGCAGGCUCCCGAGAGGGGGGAGCCGCAGCAGAGCAACCCCAGGACUGAGGCCUCAUCUUCAGCCUGGACCCAGGCCAGGGACUCUGAAAGGCCGUGUCUAACCCUCACCCCAGGACACACUUCGGCCUGGCAGGUCCCCCUGGCUCGGCCCUGUAAAAGAUCUGGCUGCCAGUUUUUUGGGACACCAGAGAAACUGGGUUUCUGCACUAUUUGCUAUGUAGACUAUCAGACCAACCACCACCUGACUCCUCCUCCGGCCUCGGUUCAGAGCCGGCACGGUUUGGAAACAGGUUUCCAGAAUGCCUCGCGGUGUCGCGGACCCGGGUGUGGCGCAGUCGGCAAAGCAAUGCUGGAGGGCUACUGCGAUAAAUGCUACGUCAAAGAGCAAAGUGCACGGCUUAACCAAGUGGCACAUCGCACGCCACACUCCCCUCCUCUGGUCAUGCGUGACCGGGCAGCCAAACCCAGAUCCACUCAGCAAUCCCAAACCCAGACCCAGACUCAGUGCCGGCGUAGUGGCUGCAGCAACGUGUCCCCGGGCUGCACGGACCUGUGCCCGGAGUGCCACACGCGUGGCCAGGGCAGGGAGGCGGGCAGGCGGGCGCAGGCGCCCAAGGAGAAGUCCAAGCAGCGGUGCCGGACGCAAGGCUGCGACCACUACGCCAACCAAGAGAAACAGGGCUACUGCAACGAGUGCGACCACUUCAAACAGAUCUACCGCGGCUGACCACGCGCGCCGCCGCCCCGCGCACACGAGCGACGAUGACGACGCACCGCUAAGCACGCUAGAGCCGCCGCCCGGCUGCGGGCACCCCAUGCCAGUCAAUGCACCUCUGAUACUAACUAACCAACUAACUAACUAGCUAGUGACUAACUAGUAACCUUAUGGCCUGAAAAUCAAACCCCCCAUGUAGAAUGUGAAGAGAGAGUGUGUGCACAUGGGGGGAGGGGUGAGUGUGUGUGUGUGUGUGAGAGUGUGUGUGCGUGUGCGUGUGUCUGUGGGUGUGUUUGCAGUAGACAUGGCCUCUAGAAUACCUCUUUGUGCAAUUACUAUCAUCUGACGUGCCCUGUGCACUCACACGGUGAGAGGUUUGGCUACAUGUCAGAGCAACUGACUUAACUCUUGUGUACAAUAUGUAUUUAGAGGUACGUAGUGAAUCGUGCCGGACAAAAUGAUUGUAUGUUGACAUAACAAGAAGCAUCUGACAUUGCUUUCUAGACCACAGCCAAGGAUUUAUACCCCCCCCCGACCCCACCCCACCCCCGUCUAUCCGUCUGUCUGUCUGUCUUAACCCAUCUGUGUAUCUGUCUGCCUGUCUGUCUAGCAUACUGCUCUGUAGAGUGAGGGACGCAGGAAGUGGCUUCACCCCGGGGGAUCGGCGAAAAACCCGAGGAAGCAGUAAGAAGUGAGCUAAUCUGGGCCAAAGCAAAACAAGUGAAGUGUUUGCAAUGAAGUGAAAAAGGUGACUGUUCACCGUUGUUCAGCUCAGUUCUCCAAUAUCACUCAUUUGUGGCCUCCAAAAACAAAGAUUUUUUUUUUGUUGUUGUUUCCAAAAGAAUCUUUUGCAAUCAAUAACGCUAAAUGAUCAAAAAAAUUAAUAUUUUCUUCCAUUCGUCAGUCGAACGCAGUGUUAGUUUAUAUUUUGAGGUAAAAUAAAUGAAUAAAGGAUGUUAAUAUCAUCUGUAAAAUGAAGUAAUCGCUCGAUAUGGGAAGUUAAUUUGAAACCAUAUGUGCACACGGUGCGAGACAGACAGGGCAGGCCCCUGCUAGUUCUGGUGCUACAUGUACAGAAAUCAAAGCCUCUCCAUUGUAGCCAACAUGCUGGUGGCGUCAGCGGACAGAAGGCAGAGAACACAGUAGAGACAAGACUCUUCUCUUUCUAUCCCUCCUCCCCUUCUCCUCUUAUUUCCCCUUUUCUCCAAAACAGAUCUGUUGCCUUGGACAUUGUUUUCCUGUUUACUUAAAAACCACUUAAGCACCUAGAAACGCAUCAACACGUGGGAACACAUACCUACAUGUGCGCACACCCAGAUGUAGUAAAGCCAGUCCAGUCAGAAGGAGAUUGCCGGCUCCGUAGAGGGAACUGGAGAAAAUGAAGAUGGGUGAAGUCUGGAUAAUGAUCCACAUCAUCACCACACACACACACACACACACACACGCACAUAUGCACACACACGCACAUGCAAACACAGCUCUGUGAGAUUGUAUGCGUCCCACCCAGGCCUGAGGUGACAUGUAGGUAAGCAGACCUAUCAAGAAAUGCAUUCCUCUGUGCUCCACCCCACGGGAUGUGCCAAGGCGACACUUUCAAAACUUCAGAGAGCAAUCCCAUCGCCUGCUUCGGCUGAUCUUGUUUAUCUGAAUGUGUUUUGUGCUGCUGCUACAGCAGCACAGUAUUGGGGCUCAUCCUCGAUAAGUUUUUGCCUUUAAGUAGUAGUUUCAAUUUUAUGGACCAGAGGGGCCUGAUCCACGAACAUGGAUCAGCGCUCCCACCUAUAAAAUGCUUUUCUGAAUAUGGACCUGAGUCCAUAUUGUAGGACCUUUCAACUCGAUGCCUCAUCUCCAACACACACACACACGCACACACACACACAUGCAGCGCACGUCUCUGUGUGCGUCUGGAAUACACACACACACACAAAAAAAACUGACAUUCCUAUUUUUGGUUGGGCUUUCUUUUUGUUUGUUUUGAAAAUUUUUAACGUAUUUUGAUAUAUUUGGUUUUGUUUCUGCCAAAAAAAAAAAAAAAAAAAACCUGAAAAAAAAAGACAUGUGCCAUCAAUUGCCAAACAGU